AAAGAGCGCACGUCAUUGGCAGCGUUGCCAGAUUUCUUCGAAUUGCCGGGCGCAAAAAUAUUAUUUACUGUGUGGUGAAGUGUUAUUUUGAAAUAUUGUGCGAGUUUUUGUGAGAUUACUGUGUAAAUUAAAACUUUAGUUUGUUGUCAAUCGAAGAAACAAUGAAGGUUUUCGGAAUUUUUGUCGUGGUUUGCUUGGCUUUUGCCUCAGCCCGGUUAACAUGUGAACACAAAACACCCAAAAUCCCAGAUGACUGGAUCGACAUGUCCAGCAUUUGCGUGAAAAGAAUCAGGUCGCACGUGACUGAAGAACUUAAAGCCGCCAUGCAGUACAUGGCUAUGGGAGCCCAUUUUUCGAAAGACGUAGUCAACAGACCCGGGUUUGCCAAACUGUUCUUUGAAGCUGCUAGUGAGGAAAGAGAACACGCCAUCAAACUGAUCCAUUACCUUUUGAUGAGAGGUCAAUUGACCUCUGGAGUCAGUGACAUGAUCAAAAGAAACCUUGCACCUUCAACUAUCAUUUGGAGUGAUGGAGCAUCUGCUAUCAGAGACGCUCUACAACUUGAAGCCUCUGUUACCAAGAAGAUCAGAGAACUUAUCAAAACUUGUGAAGGUGAACCAACCUUCAACGAUUAUCAUCUGGUUGAUUACCUCACUGGAGAUUUCCUCACUGAACAAUACGAAGGACAAAGAGACCUUGCCGGUAAAUUGUCAACCUUGGAGAAACUCAUGGACUCUCACGGUGCUCUUGGCGAGUUCCUCUUUGAUAAAAAAUUGCUGUAAAUACAAUUCAAACAUUUGAGUAUUUAAGACCUAUUUAACCUUCAAAUACAGAUUCAUACUUAAGAAUGUCUAAUUUUAUAGGAACAAGAUUUGAUUUGAAUCUAGUGUAUAGGUUUAAUCAGUUUGUGAUAAGGUGUAGAUUUUAAAUGUAUUCAUCUUUCGAUUAUGUGCGAAUUUUGUUAGUAUAAAGUUGAAUAAAGGUAUUUUUACAAAACUA